GGGCGAAGGGAAGCAAGCGGGGGCCGGGCAGAGGAGCGCGUGUCCCCGGGAGAGGCGGGCGCACGUCUGAACGCGGAGGAGGAGGAGGAAGAGGCGGAGGCCAACCAGCGAGGGGGGUGGAGAAGAGGCGACGGGCCAGCUGCGAUCCUCCGCGAUCCAGAAGCCUCUUAAGCAGGAAGGAAGGAACGUGGGAGGGAGCCUUGCGCGCUCUCCAGCCGGCGUCGGGGGCGCGCCUCUGGCCUCCCCUUCUCCUUCCCUGCCCGCUCCCCUCUCUGGUUGUGUUUUUUUCCUGCUCGCCACUUUUGGGCGACUCCUAGCCCCCGGGCGAUGGCCCCGCUGGACGACGAGCCGGAGCUGCGGGCGGGCUUGGCGCGGGCCGGGCAGUCCCACUUGUUGCGCUUCUGGCCCCAGUUGGAGCCGGCGGAACGGGCGGCGCUGGCGGAGUCGCUGCGGGCGCUGGGCGCCGAGGAGCUGGGGGCGCAUUGCCGGCGAGCGGCCCAGGCCUACGCCCGGGAGCAGGAGCAGGAGCCCGGCGGCCACCCGGAGGGGUUGGCCGGGGGCCUCCAGCCUGUCCAGCCCGAGUUCUUCGGCAGCGUGGCCCGGAGCGAACCCGCCACCCUGGAGCGCUGGGAGGAGGAAGGCCUCCGCCAGAUUUCCCAGGGCAAGGUGGCGGUGCUCCUCCUGGCCGGCGGGCAAGGCACCCGCUUGGGCGUGCCGUACCCGAAGGGCAUGUACGAUGUGGGGCUGCCCAGCCGCAAGACCCUCUACCAGCUCCAGGCGGAGCGGAUUCGCCGCGUGGCGCAGCUGGCGGGCGAGAAGUUCGGCACGUCCUGUAAACUCCCCUGGUACAUCAUGACGAGUGAGUUCACGCUGGGGCCGACCGAGGCGUUCUUUCGGGACCACGACUAUUUUCACCUGGCCAAGUCGGACGUGGUCCUGUUUGAGCAGCGGAUGCUCCCGGCCGUGACCUUUGACGGGAAGGCCAUCCUGGAUGGGAAGGGCAAGCUGGCCAUGGCCCCAGAUGGGAACGGUGGUUUGUAUCGCGCCCUGGCGGACAACAAGAUCCUAGAGGACAUGGAGCGUCGUGGCAUCCGGUACAUCCACGUCUACUGCGUGGACAACAUCCUCGUCAAAAUGGCGGACCCCGUCUUCGUUGGUUUUUGCGUCUCAAAAGGGGCCGACUGCGGUGCUAAGGUAGUGGAGAAGGCCUACCCAACCGAGCCCGUUGGGGUGGUGUGUAGUGUCGAUGGCGUGUACCAGGUGGUGGAGUACAGCGAGAUCCCCUCGGAAGUGGCAGAGAUGCGGAAUCCAGACGGCCGCUUGACGUACAGCGCGGGUAAUAUCUGCAACCAUUUCUUUACCUUGGACUUCCUGCAGACGGUAGCAGAGAAAUUUGAGCCUCAGCUGAAAUCCCACCUGGCCAUCAAGAAGGUGCCCUUUGUGGACGAGGUGGGCAAUCGGGUAAACCCGCUGAAACCCAAUGGGAUAAAGCUGGAGAAGUUUGUGUUUGAUGUGUUCCAGUUUUCUAAGAACUUUGUUGCCUUUGAAGUUCUGAGAGAGGAGGAAUUUUCCCCUCUUAAGAAUGCGGACCCAGCCAGCAAGGACACCCCCACCACUGCAAGGCGGUCACUCCUCUCCCAGCACUACCGCUGGGCCCAGAAGGCAGGGGCCAGGUUCAUGGACAGCCAAGGCCAUCCGAUUCCUGAGAUACAGAGUUUAUCCGGAGAUGAAGAACCUCCUGCCGUGUGUGAGAUUUCACCCCUAGUCUCCUACUUUGGGGAGGAUCUCGAACAAUACCUGAAUGCCAAAGAAGUCCAGUCGCCACUUCUUCUCGACGAAAGCCAAGCUGAAGCGCUCAGACAAGCAUGAACGAAGGCGGACUGGCUGGGAAGGUGGCCCUCCAUUUAUUUAAACAAAUGGAGAAAAUAAUGGAGAUGGGUGGUUUGAUAACCAGCAGAAGGAACUGAUUAUGUUUACAGUGAUAUGAAGCCAAAGUCUUAAUUCUACCUAACUCUUUUGUGUAUGGUGGGUGAGGGUUUGCAACAUAGCUAGAUAGGAAUGAGGUCUUUCUGCCGGGGGCUGUAUAAUUAGCAUUCUUUGCAUUAUAACCAGAAGGCUUGUGGAUGAAACUCGAAAUAGUUAACCAAGAUAACGACCUGCCAGCGGCCAUACAAGGGAAUCUUCUUUCCCCAGCUGGGACCUUGAAGGAAUCUUGGACUAUGACCCCCCUGAUCCUCCCCCCUUUAUCUCUCUUUCUCGCAAGUGCCUUUUGCUAGUACUGGAUAAUGCUGGAAAAGCAUGGAUGGUUUUAUCUUCCGUGUUCAUCAUUUUGACACAUUAAAAUGCUUUUAAAAGUAA